AUGCCGGUUCAAAGCCUCUACGAGCUGGCUCGUCAGCGGCUCAUUAAGAACAUCGACCUUGUCCGCGAUAUUGGCGACUUGCCCUACUCUUUCCUCGGUCCACCUGUCCUCAGAUUCAUACAAAACCCAGAUCAGCUCGCGGAGCUUGAGACGAAAUGCCCACAAAUACUUGGCGAGACGGGCGAGAUCUGGCUUCGCUUCAUCAAGCGAGACAUACCAGAUUGGAGCAAGAAGCCUCAUGAGCCCAAAGAUCCGAAUAACUGGGGAAAGGUCUAUCGCAAACUUAAGAGGGAUGCGGAGAUUGAAAAACAUGCCGACGAGGUGGCUCUGAAACAGAAGAUGAAGGCGUUGCAGAACGAUCGCGCUCAGAACAAGACGAUGAUCGUGGAUAGUCGGAUGGCAUAUGGUGCAGGCGCUAGCCGUGUCUUCACUGGGCGCACAUCCACUCCUUGGGGCGUGCCUUCUGGUGCGCCUGUAAAGACGGGCAAGGUCGCUUUCGACAAACUGAAGCGAGGCAUGUUUGACCGUGGACGUGAACGCCCCAAGGCCUCCCAUAUACCCGCACACAUUCUCGCCCAGAGAAAGACUACCGUCAGGCAAGCUCCGGCACGCAUGGUUCGGAUGGAAGAGACCAAGGCUCCGCGCGAACAAGCAGCACCAGUGGCUAAGAAGCCUGAGCAACAACCAUCGGCAUCGGCAUCGGCGGCCCAGGCCCGCAUCAAACAGAGGCCAGCACCCCCGACAAGAACGUCGCUUCCAGCAGGUCAGCAGUUCAACGCGCCUAAGCCGGUAGCAUCAACUGGUCCGUCCGGAGUCGCCCCACCACCCAAGAGGAAGAGAGAACCAUACAGCAUGUUCCAACCGAAGAAAAGAAAGAUGCUAUGAGACACAUCACAAGUCUAUUUUCCGGCGCAAAGGUUCAACUUAUCGGCACUAUUGCCUAGGAGUUUCUGCUACUUGCAUUCACGCAAAGUGAAUCACUUGCAUAUCAAAUGGGGUUUGGAAGUUUAUGAGGCGUCUUUAGGAUAUUGGGUUGAUAGAUAUAGUAUAAGGAGUUAUAUGGAUGAGGUUGUUGUAUUUGGAUACUUGUUUGGGUUAUCUAGCAGAUACGAUUUGCACUUGGGGGCCACUGCUUUACACAUUAUAUAGACCAGGACAGACUUAUGUCUAAUCAAUCAUGGAUCGCA